UUGACAUUAUAGUUGACUCUUGUUGCACACCUUGCUUCCUUCCUUUGUCUUCCGGAUUUCAUUACUUUUCUUUCUCAUUUCUGAUUCUCUCACAGUUUGAUUUCUCUUGUCCUAAAUUUCCGUUACAAUCUCAUAUUGUCAUCAAUCCAGGUUGAACCCUUUAUCCUCUCGAUUUCCAUUUUCUCUCAUCAUCCAAACUGUGUUUGUUAGAUGGAAGAAACAAAUCAAUCGCGUUACGUCAAGUUAUCUAAAAAUCAAACCACCGAAGAUAUCAUCCCCGGUGAACUGAAUCAACCAAUUGAGGUUCCUCAGUUGGCUGUUCGCAAGUGCCCUGAAUGUAGACAGCCAUUACCUGAAACCUAUGCACCUCCUGCAGAUGAACCUUGGAUGACUGGUAUCUUUGGAUGUGUAGAGGACCGGGAAAGUUGCUUGACUGGACUCUUCUGUCCCUGUGUAUUAUUUGGACGCAAUGUAGAGAGCCUCAGGGACGACAACACUCCUUGGACAAGGCCAUGUAUUUGUCAUGCCAUUUUUGUCGAAGGCGGCAUUUCGUUGGCUUUAGCCACUGUCAUUGCAACCUCCUUCAUUUCUGGCAUUGACCCGGGGACAACAUGUCUCAUUUAUGAGGGUUUAUUUUUUACGUGGUGGAUGUGUGGCAUUCACACUGGUCAAGUUCGGCAAACCUUACAGAAGAAAUAUCACUUGAAGAAUUCACCUUGUAAUGCAUGCUGUGUGCACUGCUGCUUGCACUGGUGUGCCUUGUGUCAGGAGCACAGGGAGAUGAAGGGAAGGCUCUCGGACAAUAGUUUUUCUGAAAUGACCAUUGUAAACCCUCCUCCCAUUCAAGAGAUGAAGUCUACUGACGAAAAGGAAAUUCCCGAGACAUCUUCAGCUAACAACAAUGAACACAUUACUAUGGAGAUGCAGGCUAUGUAAACCAUUGUUAAUACUUAAUAGUGACAGAGAAAAUAAUUUUCCUUAGACCCUUGGCUAGAACUCAUCAUGUUAAUACUUAAUGAUAACUUGGCUUCAGUACUUCAUGUUGCAUUAAACAUGUAAGUCACAUUUACACACAACUCAUCGUGUCUGUUUUUUGAAGCCAAACUAUACGGAAUCCUCAUUUUUUAAUUUUAUUAUCUGGCUUUAAACUUUGACUCAUCCUGUCUGAGUAUGUCUGCUUUAUUUUUGCUUCAUGCUUGGCCGGGUUAGGAUCUGAUACCUUUGUCUUUGAUGCCUUUGGUAACUUUGUGUGUAUUUUUUUCUAGCAACUUAUCAUUUCAUUAUUUUAUUAAUUAAA